AUAACAAAAGUAUCAUAGUCUCAUCUUCAUACACUCGAAUAUUGAAGGUCAGGCAUAUCGUCAACGUCUUUAGGUUUAUAUAUAUCAAAGGAGUGCAUUCAGUGUUUAAAGUAUUCAUUCGGAAUACUUCUUGUUUUAUAGCAAAAUGUCCGGGUCUUACAGUAUCCAAACUGGAGUAAAGACAACUUUUCAUGCCGCAGAUUAUGCAGUUUUCGGAUGUACUUUGGCAUUUUCUGCCGCGAUUGGUAUUUUCUAUGCAAUUAAGGAUAUGGGGAAGAACACCACGGAGGAAUACCUGCUUGGCGGACGAUCCAUGCAUCCACUUCCGGUUGCAAUGUCUCUAGUGUCUAGUUUUGUAUCUGCAAUUAUGAUUAUCGGAACUCCAGCGGAAGUGUAUGUAAAUUCCACAAUGUAUGGAUGGCAAGCUUUUGGAAUGAUUAUAACAGCGAUUGGUUCAGCACAUAUCUUCAUUCCGGUGUUUUAUAAUCUUGGAGUCACAAGCGUAUUCCAGUACGUUGAGAUGAGAUUUGGUCGCGUCACAAGAACCAUAGCGAGCAUUGUCUACAUUAUCUGGAUGAUGUUUUACAUGGCAAUUGUAUUGUAUGGACCAUCACUGGCUUUAAAUGCAGUGACAGGCCUGUCGUUAUGGGGAUCCAUUCUGGCUGUCAGUCUUGUUUGUAUCUUCUACACUGCACUGGGCGGCAUGAAAGCGGUUCUUUGGGCUGAUACGUUUCAGGUGCUAGUUAUGCUUGCUGGCAUUUUUGCAAUUCUGAUAGAAGGAAGUGAGGCUCUUGGAGGCAUUGAUAAAGCUUGGGACAUUGCAAACAAGAACGGAAGGAUAGUUCUGUUAGAAUUUGAUCCUGAUCCUCGUGUGCGGCAUUCAGUCUGGAAUUUAGUGAUUGGAGGAGGAAUUUUCUGGUGUGCCGUUUAUGGAACCAACCAGGCACAGGUUCAAAGAGCACUCUCAGUGAGAAAUGUUACCAGGGCAAAAAUAGCAAUUUGGUUGAACGUGAUCGGCUAUGAUUCAAUUCUUCUAUUGUGCUGCCUAGUUGGGGUCGUCAUGUACGCUUUUUACUCCGAGUGCGAUCCUGUUAAAUCAGGUCUUGUAGAGAAGCCAGGCCAGAUUGUGCCUUUGUUGAUGAUGGAUUUACUUAGUGCAUUUCCUGGCUUGCCGGGUCUUUUUCUGUCCACAAUAUUCAGUGGCAGUUUAAGGUAUAAAACUGUUUUGAGUAAAUUGGUAUAAGAGAUGAAAUGUGUUUGGUGAACAUAACAUUCUCGAUAAGAAAUACAGUCCCUGCCUAUUACAUGCAAUUUUGAUUUAUUGUCUAUAAAUAAAAAAA